UAGCGAAUUGAUGUAUGAUAUUUCUAGAGAGGUACUGCGUGCCCAACCGACGAACCUCUGCGAAUUUAUAGCAAACUAUCUAUCAGCAUUACUGAUAACCAGAGAAAACCUUAAAGUGGCUUCAAGGGUCUGCGACAAUGUUUGUGAGAACCUUUGUCACUUGGGCCUAGAAGGAGAUUUGAGGAAUAUCGGAUUGUGCGAGGAAGAUGUUCAAGUCGUAAAAGAAGUCAUUAAACUUUAUUUUGCGAAGGAACAUGUAUCAGAAACCAAUAUAAUCAAAGAAUUACUCGCCAAAACGGACAUUUCUGAAGACCAAAUAGAAAGCGUCCAGGAAGCAAUCCAGACAGCGUUCAAAAGACACCAGGCUGCUACUACGACUAUUUUUGAGUCAACGUCAUCGGAGAGCGAGAUCUCGGACUCGACACGCGCAGCGAGACAUACAGUCAAACUUUAUAGGACAACGAAACCUACUGAACAAGAGUAUGAGAAAGCUGCUGGAAGUAUACAGGCGGCCUAUAGAGCUUAUGGCGUGAGACGUCGCAGAGACAUGAACAGAAGGACUGACAGUGUUUUACCGGACGAUAUCGCUGGAGGAAAACCUACAAAAUCCUUGCGUUUUGGUUCUGACGAUGAUCUCUGUAGUAGGUCGACUUAUACUGGAUCAUUGACUGAUAUUAAUUCAAACGUAACUGAGAAGACUGAAGAUAUAUUUGUGUCUCAGAGCGCUUACAAGCCGGCCCACCUUGCAACAGUAUCAUCAACAUCUCUCGCUGGUUCCCUAGUAGUAUCUAGUAAUAAGCCAUAUUGUGUACACGAUACUUUGCAAGAAGAAAACGAGAUCGACUUUCCAGAGAAAGAGCACUCUAACGUUGAUUAUACUCUUCUUGACUCUGAGAAAAUGGAUCCUUGCAAAUCGACAGAAUUUAUUGAAGACAAUGGUAGCUGUGCUGAAGAUUCGGAAGUUUCAAUCGAAGAAGACAUUGAUUUAAAAGGAAUGGCUAAAUUUAAACCCGAAAUUGAAACCGAAAUGGAAGAUUAUCACACACACACCGUGGAAGAUGAUGAUGUCACAAUAUCGAGUGAUAGCAUUACUGAAAGUGACCAAAGCGAAGACAAAAACGGCGUUGAAAACGAAGACGCAUACGAUGAUAUGGUUGAAGACGAUAACGAUUAUAUCGGCCAUGAUAUUAUAAGUGAAGAGACUGACAGUAAUAGUGGUGAAAAUGUCUGUAUUAUUUUAGAACAUGAUAAAAAGUCACUAAAUGAUUUUGGAAGAGAAGGCAUGGUAUUUUCAGAUCGAAACUUUAAAACUGGUAGUGCAAGCCAAGGUAAAAAUGAAAUUGAUACUAUUGCUGCAGGUGAACAAGCUAAAGUGAGUGAUAGAGAUGAAUAUAUUAGUAGUUUGCUUGAAAUCAAGGAAGACAUAGAAGACAUUAUGCUUGAAAGCCAUAGUCAAAGCGGCCACAAUGCCACAUUUGAUAAUGUUGCACGUAAUGUUCACGAACAUGUAGAUGGGGUUGAAAGUGUACAGAAAAACGCGAAUCACAUGUUCGAAAAGGAUCGUUUGCGGACUCGAGAGUCAACAACAUCUAUUGAUGCAAAAUCACAUAUUGAAAUAAACCCAGAACUUUCACAACAAUACUUUCAUGUAGAUGAAUUUAACGGUUCAGAAAUUAUUGCACUUGAAAAAUCGACCGUGCCUAAGACACCAUUCCAUAGUGUUACGAAUUUCGAUGAAGACGACGAAGACGAGGUCCCAGAAUAGUAAGUUCAUGUUUUGAGAUGAUCUUGUUUACUGUCCUAUUUGACAAAAGAUUCACUUAGUCUAUCAAAUCGCCCGGAUAAUCCGAAUUGUUCUUAUAUGAUUAUUUUAAUUAUGUUCAUUAAUGAUAUUCUUUGAAUUUGUAAAAGUUAAAAACAUAUUUUUUUAUUCAUACCAUAAGUUCCAAAUUGAAUUUCAGAAGGUACACGGCAUAUCAAUGUUUUAUUAAAAUAUUUGAAAUAAAAAU